CCCAGAGCUGGGGGCUGCUGGAAAGCGACUCACUCCGCUCCUUCCCUUCCAGCGUCCUUGUUCUCCUCCAGUCUCCGUCUCCGCCACCAGCGCCCCCCGUACCCGCCUCUCAGUGCGCCCUCCCGGGUUGCAGCUCCGCGGCCCCCUCAGGCAUGGCCGACCCGAGCAGCCCCGGGCUCGGGCUCCGGUGGCAGCUGCGGCUCCGGCUCCGCCUAGGCUCGGGCUCCGGCCGCCAGUCUCUGCUGCCGCCGCCUCCCUCCGCUCCCGCCCCGCUGCUCCCGCUCCUCUUGCUGCUGGCCAGCGGGCCCGGCUCCUCUGCCUCCCGGGAACCCGACAGCUCGUGCCGGCUGAAGACGGUCACUGUGUCCACGCUGCCAGUGCUGCGGGAGAGCGACAUUAGCUGGAGCGGCGGCCGGGCCGGGGCCGGAGCAGGAGCCGCCACCGCCGCCGCCGCCGCCGCCGCCGCCGCUGCGGCGGCCGGCUCUUUGGGCUCCGGAGGCUCUGGCUCCGGCGGCCCGGGCAGCCCCGUAGAGUCCCGGCUUCUGCUCUUUGUGCGCAAUGAGCUGCCCGGGCGCAUAGCAGUGCUGGACGACCUGGACAACACGGAGCUGCCGUUCUUCACUCUGGAGAUGUCAGGAACAGCAGCAGACAUCUCCUUGGUACACUGGCGGCAGCAGUGGCUGGAAAAUGGAACCCUCUACUUCCAUGUCUCCAUGGGCAGUGCUGGGCAGCUAUCAAGGGCUACUCCUCCCACUCUCCAGGAGCCCUCAGAGAUUGUGGAUGAACAAAUGCACAUUCUGCAUAUUUCUGUGAUGGGUGGCCUGAUUGCCCUCCUUUUGCUUUUGCUUGUAUUCACUGUGGCACUGUAUGCCCAGCGGCGCUGGCACAGACGACGGCGGGUCCCCCAAAAGAGUGCCAGCACAGAGGCAACACAUGAAAUCCAUUAUAUCCCAUCAGUACUCCUGGGACCCCAAGCUCGAGAGAGCUUCAGGAACUCUCGCCUUCAAGCACACAAUUCUGUCAUAGGCAUGCCCAUUCGAGAGACUCCCAUCCUAGAUGACUAUGACUAUGAUUAUGAAGAAGAAGAGCAACCCAGGAGGACCAACCAUGUCUCACGGGAAGAUGAGUUUGGGAGCCAAGUGACUCGGACUCUAGAGAGCCUUGGUCAGCCUAGUGAGGAGAAGAUGGACUUUGAGAAAAAAGCUGCUGAAGUGACACAGGAAACCGUGGAAUCCCUGAUGCAGAAGUUCAAGGAGAGUUUCCGGACCAAUACACCUAUCGAGAUCGGCCAACUCCAACCAGCUCUCCGUAGCGCAUCGGCAGGGAGACGAAAGCGAAGGAGCAAGUCCAGAGGGGGAAUAGGUUUUGGAAGAACCAAGGGAAACUCUGGCUCUGAAGCAGAUGAUGAGACACAGUUGACUUUCUACACAGAACAAUAUCGGAGUAGGCGUCGAAGCAAAGGUCUACUGAAAAGCCCCGUGAACAAGACUGCCCUCACAUUGAUUGCAGUGAGCUCCUGUGUCCUGGCCAUGGUGUGUGGGAAUCAGUUGUCCUGCCCCUUGACUGUGAAGGUGACGCUCCAUGUACCAGAGCACUUCAUCGCAGAUGGUAGCAGCUUUGUGGUGAGUGAAGGAAGCUACCUGGACAUCUCUGAUUGGCUAAACCCAGCGAAGCUUUCCCUUUAUUAUCAAAUUAAUGCCACAUCUCCCUGGAUAAGAGACUUAUGUGGGCAGAGAACCACUGAUGCCUGUGAGCAGCUCUGUGAUCAGGAAACAGGAGAGUGCAGUUGUCAUGAAGGCUAUGCUCCAGACCCUGUGCACAGACACCUGUGUGUGCGGAAUGACUGGGGGCAGAGUGAAGGACCCUGGCCCUAUACGACACUGGAAAGGGGAUAUGAUCUUGUAACAGGAGAGCAAGCACCUGAAAAGAUCCUCAGGUCUACCUACAGCUUGGGACAGGGACUCUGGCUCCCAGUCAGCAAGAGCUUUGUGGUCCCUCCUGUGGAUCUAUCUAUCAACCCACUGGCUAGCUGUAAGACUGAUGUGCUUGUCACUGAAGACCCUGCUGAUGUCAGGGAAGAAGCUAUGCUGUCUACUUACUUUGAGACCAUCAAUGAUCUACUCUCCUCCUUUGGACCUGUCCGUGACUGUUCCCGAAAUAAUGGAGGCUGCACUCGCAAUUUCAAGUGUGUGUCAGAUCGCCAAGUAGAUUCAACUGGAUGUGUGUGCCCAGAAGAACUGAGGCCAAUGAAAGAUGGUACUGGCUGUUAUGACUAUUCAAAAGGGAUUGACUGUUCAGAUGGUUUCAAUGGAGGAUGUGAACAGCUUUGUCUCCAGCAGACUCUACCUCUGCCCUAUGAUGCCUCUUCCAGCACCAUCUUCAUGUUCUGUGGCUGUGUGGAGGAGUAUAAGCUGGCUCCAGAUGGUAAAUCCUGCCUCAUGCUAUCGGAUGUCUGUGAGGGCCCCAAGUGCCUCAAGCCUGAUUCCAAGUUCAAUGACACUCUCUUUGGGGAGAUGCUGCAUGGUUACAACAAUAGGAGCCAGCAUGUCAACCAGGGACAGGUCUUCCAGAUGACUUUCAGGGAGAACAACUUCAUCAAGGAUUUUCCCCAGCUGGCUGAUGGGCUGAUGGUGAUUCCACUGCCUGUGGAGGAGCAGUGCCGAGGUGUACUCUCAGAGCCUCUUCCAGAUCUUCAGAUGCUCACUGGGGACAUCCGAUAUGAUGAGGCAAUGGGCUACCCAAUGGUCCAGCAGUGGCGAGUGCGUAGCAACCUCUACCGUGUGAAACUCAGUACCAUAACCCUCUCUGCAGGGUUCACCAACAUCUUGAAGAUUCUCGAUAAGGACAGCAGCCGGGAGGAACUACUGUCCUUCAUCCAGCAUUAUGGCUCACAUUACAUUGCAGAGGCCUUGUAUGGCUCUGAGCUCACCUGCAUCAUCCACUUUCCCAGCAAGAAAGUCCAACAGCAGCUAUGGCUUCAGUAUCAGAAAGAAACGACAGAACUAGGCAACAAGAAAGAACUAAAAUCCAUGCCAUUCAUCACCUACCUUUCGGGACUCCUGACAGCCCAGAUGCUAUCAGAUGACCAACUGAUCUCAGGGGUAGAGAUCCGCUGUGAAGAAAAAGGUCGAUGCCCAUCUACCUGCCACCUGUGCAGGCGGCCUGGCAAGGAGCAACUGAGUCCCACACCUGUGCUACUAGAGAUCAACCGGGUUGUCCCUCUCUAUACCUUGAUUCAAGAUAAUGGCACCAAGGAGGCCUUCAAAAGUGCUCUGAUGAGUUCCUAUUGGUGUUCAGGAAAAGGGGAUGUGAUUGAAGACUGGUGCCGGUGUGACUUAAAUGCUUUUGAUGCAAAUGGACUCCCAAACUGCAGCCCUCUCCCACAACCAGUGCUUCGGCUGUCCCCUGGAGUAGAGCCUUCCAGUACUGUUGUCUCCCUUGAGUGGGUAGAUGUCCAACCAGCCAUCGGAACUAAAGUCUCAGACUAUGUUAUUCAGCACAAGAAGGUGGAUGAGUACACAGAUACUGACCUCUAUACCGGAUGUUAAAGUAAUUUUGAUGAACUUAGAGAGACGUGUAUUGCCUGAGACUUCUUCAUCCAUCAAGUCCAAUGUCCCACCUUCAACAGUAGCCAACAUCCAGUGUUUUGGAAGAUGGGGAAAGAAGAGGAUACAUCAUGCCCUAAGGCAUGAGAUCUGAUUUCCUUUUAUCUUCACUUAUAUAAGUACAGAUGUUUUUGCUGCCUGUAAAUGUAUCCAGCCCUUCUUUGGGCCAGUCACAAAAUCUGACUUGACAACCUCCCUUCAUUUCCAGAGGCUGAUCAAGUGCUGAGUGGACAAGCACUUCCUUUGUUCUUUGACCUGAGAGUUGCCUCCAUCCUCAUCCUUCCAAUCUAUGUAUCAUGGGCAACACAUUUCUGUGUACACAUCUGCCCUAUCCCAGAUGUUUAGGCCAUUUGUGAGGUGGAUAUUAAUCAACUCCUGCCUACAUUUGACAAGUCUCCCACCUCUCCAUAGCACAAAUUUGAUUCAUGCUAGCUUUUUCCUAUUUCUCCACUAUAUUAUAAGAUCUUUUUGAUUGUUUCUCCAGAGAAACCUCAUGUUUGUCUCUUUUUCUCUGUUCCUUGAGGUACCUUUUUCUGUGAUGAAUAUUCAAAAUAAAAUCUAACAAGCUUUUAUUGAGCACCUGUUUUGUGUAUACACCUAAGCUGCACGUUAUUGGAGAUAUGAAGCUUAGGUAAGACAUGGCACCUGUCCCAAGAGACUUUUUACUCUAGUAAGAGGAUAAGAAUCCUGUAUUGACAAUUUUAACAUACAUUAUUACAUAAUUAAUUUAGACAAUGACAAAAGAAAGUGGUAUGUAAAGCCUGGUGUAAAAAUGUGAUGACCAGAUAAGACAUAAGAAAAGCUUCCUAGAGGAAGCUGCAUUUAAGUUGGACCUUAAGAAUUAAUAGGAUGUCUACAGACAAAAAGAAAAGAGGGCAUUUUGAGGAAAAUAAACAAUGUGAACAAAGGCACAGAAACAGGAGAUUGUAAGGGAUUUCAAGGGCACAGAGAGAUAUCCAGUUUGGCUGGAGUAUGAUAUAUGUAGAAAGGCAUAUAAGAUUUAAAGUUGGAGAGUUGUGAAUGUACCAGAUUUUAGGAGCUCUUGUCUCUUAGGAAAUGUUAUUUGAACUGAAUUGAGUAGGCAAUAGAGAGCUAAUCAACCAAACAACAAGCCUUUACUAAAUGCCAACUAGGCAAUGUGCUAAGUCCUGUGAACAUAAAAUAAAGCAAAAAGAUUCCUUGCCCUCAAAAAACGUAUGUUCUAAUGGGGGGAGACAACAUAUUUAAAUCAGAAUGUAUAAGAUAAAUAUGGAAUUGGUGAAAAGUAAUCAGAGGGAAUGGAAGAAUGGCAUUCAUAACUGGGACCAGAAUGUCCCCCUGGAAGAGGUGGAAUUUGAGGUAAGUCUUAAAUAAAAUCAUAGAUGUUAAAAGUAGAUAGUUGGGAAGAAUAACAAGACUUCCAGCUUUGGGAAACAAUCAAUGGAGAUUAAAGAAUAAAUUAAUUUUUAAAAGUUUUUAUUAAGAGCUCACUUUUAGGUCCUUUGAUAAGGACACAAUGGCAUGGUUUGGAAAUAAAUGGCCAGGAAAUGACAUGAAGUUCUGGUUCUGGAUAAGUGAAGUAAAAAACUCACCUAUCUCAUUCCUGAGCUCCAGGGGAUAGAUCCCAAAUUCGGGUGCAGGAAUGACUGAAGAAUGGCCAGUAUGUAGACAGUAAAGUUUGGAAAUGCAUAUAACAAAAAGCAAGUGAGACAGUAGAGCCAGAUCGUAGUAUAAAUUAGAGAGUACAAUGUAGCAUAAUUGAAAGGGUAGAAAUAAGCCUGUUUGUUAAACAGUUUAAAUGUCACAAAAAGGAAUUUACAUUUUAUCUAGUUUUAAUAGGAUGCCACUAGAGAUUAUUUAGCUGAGCAACAACAUGAUCAGGGGUGCUUUUUAAGAAAAUAACAGAAAACUGAGUGGAGGGUGGAUUGGAAUAUGGAAAGACUUGAGGCAAGGAAAUCAAUGAGAAGAUUACAGAAAAUACAUUUUCACAUAGCUAAAAUGGGAAUUUAUUUUAUCUGACUGCAUAUUUUUGUCACAAGAAUUUUCUUUUUCAUUUUGGAAGAGAGAUAAUGGAAAUAGCAAAAUAGUUGCCAAAAGAAAAGAAAUAAAAUAGAGUGAUUAAAGCACUUAUUUAAAAAUGCACUCAAGACAACAAAAGAAAGACCAGAAAGAAGUGUUUCAUGGGACAGUUUUGAAAGCCAAAUAUUAUAUACUUAAAAUAAAAUACAACUUUAUAUAUUAGAAAAUCAUAGUUUUACAUACAAUGCUCUCUUGUAAUAUACAUUUAGGAAAGCAUUUUAAUUUUUUGUUUGCUAAGUUCUAAAUAAAAAUAAAGUAAAAAUUGCAUGAUAAAUUAAAAAAUUAAAACAAUACUAUUACAGAAACUCAGGCAAAAGGUGAUGAGUCUAAACUAGGGAACUGUGAAUGGAGAGAAUGGGAUACAUACAAAAGAUGUUGUAGAGAAAGAAAUUAUAAGAUUAGACAUUUGAUUAGAUAUGUAGAGUACAUCAGAGAGAGGAGUUAAAGAUGACACUGAGAUUUUGAACCUAAGUAAUUGAAAGGAUAUUGCUUUCCUCAGCUAUAAAAAGGAUAUUCAGAAAAGGUGAAGAUUUAGGGAAAAUGAUAAUGUGUUUUGUUUUGGAUCUUAAAGAAUCUGAGAUGAUUUCACAACAACAAGUUGGAAAAUCUAGAAUUGUCCAAGAAUCAGUUGAUAGUGUAGAACUGGAGCUCAGGAGAGGGACUAGGGCUGGAUAUAUAGAUUCAGGAGUAUGAAAAGACCUAAUCAUUAAACCUAUAGGAGUGGAUAAUAUUAUCAAGAUAAUACAGAGGGAAAAUAUAAGAGGAUCCAGGUCAGAGCCUUGGUGUGAUAUGGAAGAUGAACUGGCAAAGAAGACUUAUAAGGAGUGUUUAGAAAGGUAGAAAUUCUCUACAAUGAGAUGAGAACUGAAACUAUGAUUAGUGAGAUCUUCAAGUGAGAGAGUAUAUAAAGAAAAGAGAAGAUGGUCCAGAACAAAGCUGAUGGGGACAGUGACAGUUAAGAGACAAGACUAGGAAAAGGAUCUAGCCAAAGAAACUGAAAAAGAGUGACUAAAUAGGUUAAUGAGAAGGAAGGUGGUUAGUAGGGUUGUUUAAGAUAAACAUCAAAGAAGAAGAGAAAAAAAAGCCAUUAGACUUAACACUUAAAAGAUCAUUGUUAACUGUUGGUAGUUUCAGUUGGAUGAAGAAGCUGUAAGACAGAUUUGUAGAGGGUUUAGAAGAGAAUUAGAGGAGAGGAAAUGGAGUCACCAAGUACAGGAAACUUUUUAAAGAUUAAUUAAGUGGAUGAGAAAUAUAGGACAAUAGGUAGAAGUAAUGGUAGUAUCUAAUGAAUUUUUUUAGAUAGGAAAGGCUUGAAUUUCUGUAUACAGAAGGAAAGAGUCAACAGAUAGGGAGAGAUUGAAAAUUAGAAGGGAGAGUGUGAUAGUGAAAUAAUCUGCUAGAUAUUAUGUGAGGAGAUAGGACCAAUGGUCAAUAUAAAGGGAUUUGGCCUUGGCAAACAGAAGAGCCAUAUUAUCAUGGGAGACUGGAAUGAAGGAAAAGAUAGUGAGAGAGAUAUGAGAUAAAGAGGAAAAAAGAAGAGGGAGCUUUCAGUGAAUGGCCUCAAUUUUUUUUCAGUGACAUAUGAAGUGAAAAUCCUCAGCAGAGUGUUUUGAACAAUUGUUGAGUGAGUUAUAUAGGAAAUCACUUUGCUUCUGAGUACUGCCUCCACCAUUUUUUCCUUACUUCUAUCACUCCUCUUUUCCACCUCCCUCUUACUUCUCUAUAUUGAGCCAGUUCUGAUGAGAGUAGGGUUUAAGCAUUUCCCAUCGCAAUCCCCAUCUUCUCUUCUAUUGUAAUAGCUCUCUUGUGUUUCUUUAUGGGAAUUAAUUUAUCCCAUUCUGUCUCUUCCUUCCCUCUUCUUUCAGUGAAAUCCUCUUUUUUUACCCUUUAAUUUUUUAUAUGUCAUGUCAUCAUAGUCAACUUAUUCCCAUAUCCUCUAUAUAUACUCCUUCUAACUGCCCUCAUAAUGAUAAGUUUUUUUUUCUUAGAAGUAUCAGCUUCCUAUCUAGAAAUGUAGUUUAACCUUUUUGAAUCAUUCAAGCUUUCUCUUUCCUGUUUACCUUUUUAUGCUUCUGAUCAGCUUUAGUCUUUUCAUAAGGAAUUCUCAAAAAUCUUUUAUUUCAUUAAAUUACCAUUUUUCUCCUUGAACAAUUAUACUCAGCCCCACUGGGUAUAUGAUUCUUGGUUGUAAUCCCAGCACAUUUGCCCUCUAGAAUAUCAUAUUCCAUGGUCUUCAGUCCUUUCAUGCAGAAGCUAUUAAGUUCUGUGUAAUACUAAGUGGUUUGACAAUAUUUGAAAAUCUUCUUUCUGACUGCUUCCAGUAUUUUAUCUGUAACCUAGGGGCUCUGGGAUUUGGCUAUAAUAUUCCUGGAAGUUUUUAUUUGGGGAUCACUUUUAGGAGGUGAUUGGUGGACUCUUUCUUUUCUUUAUUUUUUCAAACCUUUACCUUCCAUCUUAGAAUCAAUACUAAGCAUUGAUUCCAAGGUAGAAGAGUGGUAAGGGCUAGGCAAAUGGAGAUAAGUGACUUGCCCAAGAUCACACAAAUAGUAAGAAUCUAAGGCCAUGUUUGAAGCAAGGUCCUCGUAACUCCAAGCCUGUCUCUCAAUCCACUGAAUUACCUAACUGCCCUAAAUUCUUUCCAUUUCCAUUUUCCCCUCUGUUUCUAGAAUAUAUCAGCUUAAUUUUCCCUAGUAAUUUGUUUUAAUAUGAUGUUUUUGACUGGAAAAAAACACAGAACUAUUAAAUAGUAAGAAAAACCACUCUUUAAUUAAAGAAAGGAGUUUAGUACUAAAAUUAGGCCUCCUUGCAGAGCUGUGCACUAUCAACCCACACAGAGUUCCAGACUCUGGCAGCUCUAGUCACCAAACUCCUGGGAGUGCCACCUCACUAGAUGACAACUCCAAAGAGCCACUAAAGUAGGAAGCUUAAAUACCUUUCUAGGGGAACAUGAGGACUGAGGAUGAAAGGGAUAACUGAUUGACUUUACAGUGGUAACAAAGGAAAAAUAAGGAGUCCUAGACAGGAAUAACAGUGAGGGACUGAUGCUUUACAAUCGACACAAAAGGGAAAGAUCCAGCCAAGGACUGGGCUACCUAGGCAAACGACUUUGGACUAAUGGAAGAAACCAUUGGGACAAAAAAGAUAAUUAACACUUGAUGGGAUUAGACCUCCCCACCUGAACUACUUUAAGGUCUAUUGUUAGUCUGAGACUCUAAGGAUGGACUUUCCCCUCAAGGAGAAGCUCUCAUGUAAUAAGGGUCAAAUUUGGGGCUUUUCACCUUUAAGCUAACUAAAUUGGGGGUCAUCAAAUCUUACUAGGCUACAAGUUUGGGGACUUUUAGAAUCCACACUGACAAUGUCUAGACUUCUUUUUUGAUCACAGCUUACAGGUAGCCCAAUAAUUCUUAAAUGAUCUAUCCUGAUCUACUUUCUAGGUCAAUUGUUUUUCCAAUGAGAUACUUGACAUUUUCUUCAAUUUAUUUUCAUUUUUUUAAUUAGUUUUGUUGUUUCUUUUUUUAAAUUCUUACUUUCUGUCUUAGAAUUGAUACUAAGUAUUGAUUCUAAGGCAGAAGAGUGGUAUGGGCUAAACAAUUGGAGUUAAGUAACUUACAUAGGGUCACACAGUUAGAAAGUGUCAGAAACCAGACUUAACAAAUGGUCCUCUCAACCCUCUGUUUUAUGCUCUAUUCACUGUGCUACUUUGCUGACCUUUAUUGUUUCUUGCUGUUUCAUGGAGUCAUUAGCUUCCAUUUGCCCAACUCUAAUUUUUAAGGAAUCAUUAUCUUCAGUGAGCAUUUGUAUUUCAUUUUCUGUUUGACCAAUUCUACUUCUUAAGAAAUUCUUUUCUUCUUAGGAUUUUUGUAAUUUUUUUUUCCAUUUGGCCAAUUCUUUUUUAAAAGAAAUUCAUUUUAAUGGAUUUUUAUGCCUCUUUUACCAUUUGACCUAUUCUACUUUUUAAUGUGUUAUUUUCUUUAGCAUGUUGGUGCCUGCUUAAUCAAUCUGUUGACUCUUGUAUUACUUUCAUUUCUUUUCUCCAAUUUUCCUCUUUCUUUCUUAUUUCACUUUUAAAAUGCCUUUUGAUAUUUCCUGGGUCCUAAGACCAAUUCCCAUUUUUCUUUGAGGUUUUUCAUUUAGCUGCUUUGACCUUAUUGUCUUCUUCUGAAUUCAUGCCUUGCUCUUCCUCAUCUCUAAAAUAAUUUUGCAUGGUCUUUUUCUUUACUUUUUUCUCUAUUGAAGUUGAGCUCUGUUUCUGGAGUGGAGUGUCAUUUGUGCUGCUACCCUUAGAGCUGGUUCUGGAUGUCUUUGAGGGGUAUAUUUGGGAGUGCCUUGUUGCUGGAUUAUGAGUGAGCAGGAGGGGUGGUGGGGAACCUCACUCUUGUACCCAGGCUAGACUGCAAGCUUGCUAAUUAGAGCAAAGUUAUACACUAGACUGUGCUUCCCUUCUGAACCUUGUGAAAGAGAAACUUUCUGCAAGAUCACCAAGUAAUAUGGAUAUGAAAAGUUGUUUUACCCCAUCUCUUUGUUGGUUCUAUAACUCUAAAUUUCAUUUUGAGGCUUUAUUUUAAUGUUGUUUGGAGGGGUUUGGGGGAGUGUCUAGAAUUCCCGACACUACUGUACCAUUUUUAGCUCUCUCCUCUCCAUAUGCUCUCCACCAAUUCAGACCCUUUUUUGAAAUCCUUUUAUAGGAGAAGUAGGAUUGCCUUGCUAAAAUGAGGGUACAAUUUAGUCUAACUAGAGUAAACUUGUAGUGGAUUCAGUCAAUAAAAUUUCAUGAUUUCCUCUACAUAUGUUCAACACCACCUGAAUAGGAGCAAAAGAAAUGGAUGGUGGAAGUAAUCUAGGGUUGGAAUUGCAUCAUUGACAAUGAAGAAGGAAUGAAAAAUUUAAUAAUAGAGGAUCGUGCACAGCCGAAUUUGUUCACCAGGGAUUAUGAUUGAUUAGGAAAAAGUAUAAUCAGAUCAGGGGUAAUGGUCUGAGAUAGUUGAGAGAUAAAGAACUAGAAGCCAUGGUGAAAACAAUUUAGGAAGAGCAAGGCAGAGAGAAAGGGAAAAAAGAAAAUUCAGCGUUCUUGAACCUGAAGAUGAAGUAGGUUGUGGAAGAUAGAGGAGGAACAAACAUUUAAUAAGUAUCUGCUGUGGUGCCAGGAACUGAUCUACGUGUUUUAUAGAAAUUACUUCCUUUGAUCCUUUGAUGAGUCCAUAUGAGAAUAUAUGAAUUUAAUAUAAAUUGUACCCACUUAUUCCAUUUGAAAACUUGCUUUGAUUAAUAAUAUCCCUAUGUGACAGGGGGCAUGUCCAGAAGUCAGGACUCAGACCAAGACUGAGGUCAAAUCUCUUCAACAAAAGAAUCCCAUGAGGAGUGUCAGAAACAGAUUUUAUAAGAGAGGAGAUAGAGGAAGCCCACUGUCUCUGGCUGGAUUCUCAUCACUCUCCCUUCUCUGGAAUCCUUAAUGCUUGGCACUCACUUGACUUUGACCUCAGCUUCUUGCAGACAAGCCCCUCAAACUGGUGCAACAUGGAAGGAGUUUUUAGUUACGAGCAGAUAGGUGAUUCUAUUCUCUCUCUCUCUUUCUCUCUCUCUCUCUCUCUCUCUCUCUCUCUCUCUCUCUCUCUCUCUCUCUCUCUCUCUCUCUCUCUCUCUUCCCCCCUAACUUUUAAUAAUAAAUAACUAAAUUAAUAUGCAGACUACAGAGAAUUUUAAUCAUAACAUGAGGUAAAUGUCAUUAUUAUUCCCAUUUUAUGGUUUGUGAAGACUGAGGCAGACAAAGGUUAAGUAACUUACCUAGAGUCACACAGUGGAGUAUGUGAUUACAAGGCUAUAUUUGAACUCAAUUAUUCCUGUCUCUAGACCCAGCACUUUAUUCACUGUGCUAUCUACCAUAUAUUUAUUGAGUUGGAAGUAGAACAAUUAUGAGUAAUGGCAAAAUUAAGAAUGUGACCAUCAUAAAAAACGAGUUGAUUGAGAAACUGGGAAGUUAGAGUAUUUGAGGUGAUGAAGAAUUGGGGGCAAUCUGAUCAAAUUUAUGAAUAAAAGUAUUAUUUUAUAGUAAAUAUGAAGGAAAUAUUGGAAGAAGAAAUGAUGUAGAAAGACCUGUCAUUAGGAUUAGUCCAUUUAGGUGGCAAUGAGAAUCCAUACAAUUUGGUAGCAGUGGGUCAUUUCCUGAAUUAACUGAAACCACCCCUGCCCAUAGACUUCUCUGCCUCCUCCCUCUUUCUUCUGGUUAGAUCAAAAGAUCUAUCUAUGGUUAAUGGGCCUUAAUUUUUUCAUCCCAUGUUGACAAGUAUAUACUUGUUGAUUAUAAAAAAAACAGUUAUGAUGUUUGUUUUUGACACAAGGUUAAGAAAGAGUGAGCAAUGUCCCAGUAGCAUGGAAAUUUAGGCACAGUAGACUGUGUGCCCAAAUUAAGCAUUUGUCAUGAUCCAAAGUUGCUAACCCUCCCUUACUCAAAAUGUUUUUUUAAAAAUAUUGAUUUACCAAGUUUGGACUGCACUGUGGAAUACACAUUUUGGCAAGGUAGCUAAAGGAUCAUCUAUGUUGCCUUCUAAAUUCUGAAAAGUGGACCCUAAAAAUGCAAACCAAUCAACAAAUUAUUCUUGAGCGCCUAUUGUGCCCAAGGUCUUUUGCUAGGUGCUAUUAAAUAAUUAAUUCAUAUACGUGCAUUUAUGGAGUGUUUACUAUGUGUUAGGUUCUGGAGAUACCAAUACAAAAAUAAAACAGUCUUCUGCCCUCAAGUGGCUCACAUUCACAAAGUCACAGAAAUGAAUUGAACCUUUCCUCUCUUGGAAUUUCUUCUGGCAAAAAGACAAGAAGGGAAGCUAGGUAGCUAAAUGGAUAGAGAUCCAUGCCUGGAAUUGGGAAGUCAUGGGUUCAAGUCUGGCCUCAAGAUACUCACUAGCUUUGUGACUCCAAGCAAGUCAUUUAAUCUUAGUUGCCAAGCCCUUAGCACUGUUCUUCCUUGGAACUGAUAUUAAGUAUUGAUUCUAAUACAGAAGGUAAGGGCUUAAGGGGGAAAAAAAGACAGAAAAAGAACAAUAGUAAUCCUUUAGAUCCUUAUGUAACUUCAUAGUAAUUAAAGAAUUUCACAGCAAUAAGUCCAUUUGACCCUUUCAAUGACACUGAAAAAUGUACUUUGACCCCCAUUUUACAGUAGAAAGCAAGGUAACCUAGGUACCAGGAGUGGUUUUGUAGUCAAGAAAUGCCAUAAGAAUUCAGAUGGAGAGCUUAUUGAGAUCUAAGAAAAACAGAAGAGGUUUGAUGUAGGAAGUGGCAUUACUAUAUAAAUAAGAAUUUGUUUUAUUCCCAUUGGUUGGAUAUGUUUCCAAAAUAUAUAACUGUGUAUCAGCCAGCAUCCUCGAUUUAUCAAAAUAUGACAUAAUAUGUUGGGUAAUUCAGGGUCCUGGGACCUGUGUUUGAAUCCCAACUCUACUCAUAUAUGUGUACUUUAAAAUUUUAAACCCUUGCUUUCUGUUCCAGUACAAUUAUAAGACAGAAGGGCAAGACAAACAGGAUUAAGUGACUUGCCUGGGGUCACACAACUAGAAAGUAAGUGGGGCCAGAUUUGAACCCCCGACUCCAGACCUGAUGAUCUCUCACUAUGACACCUAGCUACCCCAACCUGUGUACUUUCAAGUAAGUGAUUUCACCUUUCAAGCACUUAGUUUCCUCAUUUGUAGAAAAUGAGGGAGUUGGCUUAAAUAAUCUCUUAAAGUCUCUUCAAACUCUAAAUGCUAUAUAUGAGAUUAUCAGUGCCCAGAACUUCCACCAGAAUUCCCCCUUCCUACCCCCUUCAUUAUGCUAUGUCUACCCUCCUGCAGUACUCUCACUGCUUGGGAAAUAAACAAAGUCCUUAGGUUUCCAUAGCUGUCAAUCUGCCAUGUUUUAUGAGUGCUAAAUUCAUUGCUAAAGUAUUUUACAAGAAAUAACCAAACAAAAGCCAGUCUUUGAACAGAAGGUCAGAGUUUUGGAAAAGUUUUCCUGGGGCCAUGGAGUUAAUGCUGGGUGUCAAGUUCAUUUUAAGAGGGCUGGAUUUUUCCCUUUGGGAGAACAGUAGUUGUUUCCACCUACUAGUGUCAUAUGGGAUCCUGGAAAGCAGAGACUGGAUAUUGUUGGCUAGGCUAAGUCAGAUGCCUCAUUUUUCAGUUGAGUCAGAUUUCCGGGUGGGGUUCCACUUUGGAGUAAAGGCAUGGGAGUGAAUCUAGGACAGUGCUUUCUUUGCUUUCUCCCAGGUGAGUCUGAAAGGUAGGAAAACUUGUUAGUAAUCAUCUGACUGGGAGGGCAGUAUUGGUAGGAGAUGGGUAUACCAGCUUUGGAUAAUUCUAAAGAUGACUAUUGUCCUCUAGAUCCCAGAAUCUUCGAGUUGGAAGGGACCAUAGAAGUUAUAUAAUCCAAUGUCCUCAUUUUGCAAAAUUAGCCAUCAGUCUCCCCAUAGACAUCCCUGAGCUCAGAGAAAGGAAAUGAUUUUUGUGAUUUAUACAACUAAGUUGGUGGUAGAACUAAGUAUCCUGAUUCUUAGUCUCAUGCUCUUUCUACCAUGUGCUAGCUUGCCUCAGUUUAUAAUAUGUGACUCUAUUAGAAAUAUGCAUACAUACAUUGUAUACAUAUAGACUUAUAUAUGAAAUGCGUGUGUAGUAUGUUUACAGAGAUCAUACAUGACAUGAUACAGUACAUGUAUAUGGAUGCACGCACAUUUAUAUAUAUACACAUGCUUUCAUAUAUAUAUAUAUACACACAUGCAUGACAGAUACACACUGUAGAAAAUGAAGUCGGUUAGCAGAAGUUUAUGCAGAUAUGAACAUGUAGAUAGGUUUGUAAAGUUGUGUAUACAUGUGUAUAUGUAUAUACAUACAUAUGUUUAUAGAUUUACUUUACAUUUUAGUUAUAUGUGAUAUAGAUAUAUUUAAUUAUAUACAUAAUU